CUCCAAGUACAUAUCUGAAUUUAGAAUUAGAAUUGCUUUAAAGCAUGAGGUUUUGCCCUUAAAUCCUACUGCACAUCACGGGCUCCUCUUAAACCUUCUAAUUUCAGGAUUAGAGAGUUAAAGCAUAGAGGGAGAGUCGUGAUCUUUUCUCAGUGAUGUAUAUAGCUGAUUCCUCAUUAUUUUUCACAAUGAAGAUAAGGGCAUAAUUUGCCAUGGUUCGGAUUUUUGAUCUUUUUAAUCCCAAAUGCUUUUAUGACAUUAAGCUUAAUCAAAUGAUGAACACUUCUAUCAAUUUACUACUUGCCUGAAAAUAAAGCAGCUGUGGGAAGCACCAAGAUCUUUAUUCAGGUUUCAGAUAUAGAGCAGUGUAGGAGGUACAGACAUGAGAAGAACACAUUUCCUGGCCUUGUAGGGUUAUCAAUUCAGUAGGCAGAACAAAUGAAUAGGCAUUAUACAACAUAAAUGCUCUAAUCCAGGGACACGCCUUUUAAUAUAACCUUGAAGGACAGAUAUUCCAGUGAUUGAGGGGUAUUCUAGAGCAAGGCAAUAAUUAAUGCUGAGGCACAGAUUUGGGGACCUUUGGGGCACGUUGAGAUAACAGCACAUUAUUGUGUCCAGAGUGUCUGUGGGAAGGGAGGGGAGACCUUGGAGCUGGGCUGCUUUAUGAAACACUUGAGCACUUCCCCCGAGGAUGCAGUCAUUUGACCAGCACAGGAAGCCACGGGGUGUGUUUGAGCAGGAGAGGGUUUUAGGAACCUCACUCUAGAAAUGUGGUGUGUCGGUAAGUGGGUAGGGAUGAGUGGCGAGGGAGCAACUUUUGCAGUAGUUGGAGAAAGAGGAAAUGGACGGAAUGGAGAGGAGACCCAGAGACUUGGCUGUGAAAGGCAGUGAAGAUGGAGGAGCCACAUCUGGUUUUAAGCAUGGGUUAAGACAGCGUGGACUAAGAGAAGGCAGUCAGUAGUAGGUUAUUGGAAGGAGACUGUGAGAGGGAUGGAGGGAGAUGGAACACACUCAUCGUGCAUAUGUAGAUAACAUAUACUCGUGAACAUGCACAUGCACACAUUCCCACACCAAUGAAUUUAUCUGAUGUUCUCUUUUUAGGUCCUCUCUUCUCCCUUUUCUCAUGUUCUUUCCCAUAGUAAACUCCUAUUCGAAGAGCUUUUUCUUCCUGUUGUGAGAAUUACUGUAAGGAAAAAAAAAAAAAACAACCAAAACCAAAACCUCUUCUACAUGAUACUUAGGGUUCUGUACAAUUCUCAUCAAUGAGACUUGAUGUAAGUUUAUCCCAACAUUUCAGAAUUUUCCAAAUUGAUGUUCAUUUCUUUUAAGUGGUUUUUAGAGAAUAAUCACCCAUUUUGCACUGACCGAAUUGCAGGCAAGAAGAUCCCUGUGAGGCAAUCCCACGAGCAGGUGUCUCUCUGCCCACUGUUAUUUUCAACACUUUCAGGGCUGACGUCAACAAUUCAUACUUCUCGUUAUUGCUGGCUUUGGCUUCUGCAAAGCUGUAUCUGGUGAGCCUGUAGUUUCAGAUUAAUUUUCAGAGCAUUUGGGUGUUUACACUCAGAAUUGCUUAAAAAUAGACUUCUGUGUGUGCAUAUUACCUCUAUACCUGUAUUUGCAGGAGGUGACAGACACUGCAGUGCAGCUUCUACCUCUGAACAUAAUUUUAGGGGAAAAAAAAUCCCUGCAAUGGAAAACACGGUGGAAAGGAGACCAGAGGAAAUAAGGAGAGGCUUUAUAAAUGUGGUGAUGGCAAAGGAGUAGUGCUUGUGCCUGAUAAGCCCCGAGGGUAGUAAGUUGCAUUUGGAAGACAGAGUUCACCAAAAGCUGCGACGAGAGCCAGGGACCUGCGGACCAGGCAGGAAGCUGGACUGUGCCUCAGUGGUAGCACAGACUGCCUUUGCCUGACAGUCUUCCCGUUACCGAAUUAUUGCUCAACAGGCACCUUCUGAAAGGGCGAUUUCACUUAAAAGCUCAGAUACAGAAUUUUGCAAAGCGUGUAUUUCUGGGGUGGAUUCUGCCCUUCGGGGGCUUUCACCUGAUUUCUGGCCGCACGCCCAUCUGUUACCGAAGCUCCCAAGUGUUCCUAACUACAACAAGGUAUUUGGAUCAUCUAAUGAAUACUUCAGGUAGAAAACUAUUAAUUUCACUACUAAAGAAUUCGAGAAGUGUCCUCUAAUCCGUAUUGUGACAUGCUUGGAAUCAAUAGCCCACAGUUUUUCUUGAAAAAGGAGCUCAUGAAUCCACAAUGAGACUUUCUCGGGAAGCUGGGACUUUUAUUUGGGUUCCUUGAGGGCACUUACAAGUUAGGAAACUGAAGUCAGCUCCAUUAAGCAAGUAUCUUAGAAUAGUCUGCAGAGCCCUGCUAUCCCAAGGCUCCUGGCUUAAAAGGGAAACAGGGACAAAAAAAGCCAUAUUCAUGGAAGAAUCAGGGAGAGGGAGGCAGGGACUCGAAAGUGAGCAGGGCACAUAAUUUGUGGAGGCUUGACACAAUAAAAGCAAAAGAAACACCUUCCCUGUUAGUAAGUAUCCCCUCCCCACCCCCGAUACUUUCAGGAAGUGAGUUCACUGAGUGGGGACCAGGAAGUAACAAUCUGUUACUUAGCAGCUGAAGUGGCUACAAUACUGAACUUGGAGCUCCUCCCGGCCUGCUAGCUCUCUGAGCUACAGAUGACCCAUAUCUUUUGCAAACUGACAGCUGAAAUAUUUGGUCUUCGCGUCCUACUAAAGAGGGGCACUGUGAAUCACUGCAUAACAGCAAAAAUUACAUUUUGAAUAUUAAUGCCUGAUCUUUUAAGUCAUCUGACUAAAAACAAAAAGAAGAGGAAUCGUAAGCUCACCCCCAGGCAUCUUUCUAUUAGUGGCAGCAAGGGGUUAAGGAGCUUUGUCUUAAUCAGCAGUGGUAAUUGAAUGUGUAGUUUGCAGGCCUGCCAAAUCGCCAAACCUGGAUUUCUCAUAUUAGAUAAUGUGUAAUAAAAGACAGCUGUUGCCAGCAUAUACCAUUCGUUCACACACCAGCUCCUUCAUUCGUGCGUCUCGCACUGCCAUCCUGAGAAGACGCUCUGGCUGGGAGGGCACUCGGGAGCGCGGCCUCCACUGGUUGGAUCUGAGAACAGGACAGCUCACUCUAGGAGAAGGGCUGUGGGCAAUACAUUUUCCAAAGCGUGAGUCCUUCCAUAAGGCCUUAGGCAUACUUCCUCCCACUUCGGCAGAUAAGUUUGGUGUGUGAGCAAGGUGGAACCCUGAGAACCUUCCUUUCCACUUCGCCUGAGUCUGACAGCCCAGAUCAAAGACGAGUAGGCUUUGUGUCAAGAUGUGGCACGUGUCAGAGAAUUUGAUGGUACCUAAUUUAUUUAAAUUCUUUUUUAUUUAAAUAUUAGGUGCCGAAGAGAGGUUCAUCGCUCAUCCAGGGUAGAAACUAAUUUAUACUUUGACUUGGUCUGAUUUUUUUGUGUGUCACUGAUAACCCAAAUCAGUCAGUCCACAGGAAUUGAGUCUCUGCCAUGCAUCUUGCAUUGUGCUAGGCAAAUAUUUUCAACUAGUCAAUUAGCUAGAUAGAAAGGUUAGCAGGAGAAGGGUGGGGCAGUUUCCUUCUGUGUGGAGGUCUUGGAUUUGUCUUGUGGACUUAAAAGAUUUUAGAUUUGAAUUUAAAUAUAAUUUUUUUUUUUUAUUAUUUAGAAGGCAGAUUGCAGGUGGGCCAGAUGGAAUCCUGAGGUUCCCCUCAAUAUUGUGAUUAUUUGCCUGGCAAAAGGGCAUUUAAAAUUGCUGAGGAAAGGCCCUGCACUAGGCACAGGGGAAUAACAAGUACAUUCCCCAAGAGGCCCAAAGGAUACGGAUAAUUAUGUUCAGAACUGAGCUUGCUUUGACAAGAUCAAGUUCUUUAGGUGACUUUUCCUGGUCUCAAAGAAAGCUCAUUACCGUGGAAAAGCAAGAUAAUGGAAUGUUUGGAUUUGAAAUUCAGACGUACAGGCUGCAGAACCAGAACCUGUGCUCCUCAGAGAUGUGCACUCUGAUUUGCAAAAUCCAGGAGGACAGCCCAGCACACUAUGCUGGCCUGCAAACUGGUGAUGUCCUUGCAAAUAUCAAUGGCGUGAACACGGAAGGCUUUACCCACAAACAAGUUGUUGACCUGAUCAGAUCGUCAGGCAACCUGUUAACGAUAGAGACUCUUAAUGGAACAAUGAUUCUCAAAAGAGCAGAGCUUGAAGCAAAGCUGCAAGUUUUAAAGCAAACCUUGAAGAAAAAAUGGGUGGAGUUCAGAUCGCUGCAGUUACAGGAACAGCGUCUGCUUCAUGGUGACAUAGGUAACUGCCCAAGUUUGGAAAACAUGGACAUAGAUGAGUCGGUUUUGUUUGGAACUCUGCCGGGGCCAGGCCCAGCCCUCCUGGACCGGAAUCGCCUAUCCAGUGAGAGCAGCUGUCUGAGCUCCAUGACGAUGGACAGCGAGGACGGCUACCACACAUGUGUGUCUGAGGACUCCAGCAGGGGAGGCUUCAGUCGACAGACGAGCACAGAUGAUGAGUGCUUUGUCCCCAAGGAUGGGGACGAUUUCCUGAAGAGGUCUUCUUCGAGGAGGAACCGGAGUGUUAGUACGGCCAGCAGUGGGUCCAUGUCCCCCUUGUGGGAGGGCAACUUCUCAAACAUGUUUGGGACCCUGCCCCGGAAAAGCAGAAGGGGAAGUGUCCGGAAACAGCUCUUAAAAUUCAUCCCUGGCCUUCACCGUGCAGUGGAAGAGGAAGAGAGUCGCUUUUGAUGGGUUGUCCUGACCUUUCUUAUUUCGUAAAUAUCUCUAGACUUGGUUAGACUAACUCCACCCAGCCUGGUGGGAAAUUGCAGUUGGAUUGCAAAACUGAAACCCCAUACCAUGACGAUAGUGACCUUUAUUUAAAUUUUUGUAUCAUAAGGUUUGCUUCUUAAGUCAUUUUUUGUAACCAGAAAAGCGCAGGUGAUAAACAGAAAGUAGGGGAACUAGGUAAUAAGUUGGAUAAGAUGACAAAUUAAGCACAUCCUUGCUUAUCCUAAUGCUGCCUGUGAAGACCAGGGUAAUAUUUAUUUUCUAGAUUGUGUGAGAAUUGAGAACUUUUCAGUCAAGUGUAAAUAAAAGAGUGAUGGAAUAUAAUUAUUUGGGAUACCUUCCGUAGGUUCAUUGGUAGGUCAUAAAACUUUGCUUAAGGUCAGUAGCCUCCAGGGAGGCUUAAUAAUAGGUCAUUUUGAAUGUUUCUGUUUCCAUCUGUGAAGGAUUAUAAACAAAGAGGAUCAUCAGCUAUUUUUCACAUCCACAGCAACAAUAAAGCAGGAAGUAUGAGAUACAAUAAAGCAGGAAGUAUAAGAUUCAAUAUGAGGGUUUGGGAUCCAUGGGAACAUGUUGUCUAAGAUGGGUGCUGAGCAAGAUUAUGAUAAGGGCUUUUUAAUAGACAGCCUAAACAAAGUGGGUGAGAAUGUCAUUCUUACUUAAUUCAAUUUUUGUUCUGCCUAAACAUUGAUGGCAAGUCUAGAAUUCUCAAGAUCCUGCAUACAGCUUUGUAAAUUUUUUUUGGAGCAGAUGUCUGAAAUUUGAAAAAUUAGAGCCAGGGAAAGGAUUUUCCUCCUGUAGAUUUUUUCACAUUACUCCUCACUUUAUGUUAUAUAUUCCCAACAGUUAUUGCCUCAGCACUCUUUUGCCUGUUGGUUAUGUUGGUACCACAUUACUUCUAGCCUUUCAAUCACAUUUUUAUUCAGUACCCAUUCCAGCCCAUGAUUUCUGUUCUGGUGAUACAGCUGCUCAUGACCUAUAUUCUAGAGUAGAUAAUGCAGACAAUGUAAUAAAUAGUCCUUACUGAUUUAAAGCUGUGUGUGUGUGUGUGUGUGUGUGUGUGUUUGGGAGAAAUACAGACAUUUGAUAGGUGACUUUGAGUGUUACCACAUUUAAAUAAAUUGAGUAAAGAAUGAGUCAUUUUGAGAAAAAAAAGGGGAGAGUAAGGAAGCUUGUAGGGUAAGAAAUGAAUAUUAAAAUAAAAUAUAAAAAGAUUGCUAAUUGCUACCUGCUGUCUUUUAAUUAUUUCAACUCCAAAUUAUCCAGUGCGCUCAGCUUUGGCAUCAUUCAUAUGAAAAGCAGGGUGAGGUGUUUUGAAGGAACAAUAACAAUGCUAUCUACCGUUUACUGAAUACCUAGCAGGUUAAAGAUGCUUCCCGUUGAUCCUAAAACAACCCUGUUAGGUGGGUGUUAACCAUACAUAAGGAGCAGGAGUUUGGAGAAGUUCCCACGGCCAGUGGCAUGGCUGAAAUUGGAAACCAGUUCUUUCCGACUCUGGCCUAGUCUCAGUCUCUCUAGAUACUGUUUACUCUUUCGCGGGUUCUGUGUGGUCAUCCCUACAGGACUUCCUCCCAUCCCCCACCCCCCCACCCGUCAUGGAAUACUUAAAACACACAAUUGUAGAUACUGCAUGGAUAAAAAAUGUCUUUGGUUAAUAAGGGAACAAACAGACAUUUAGAAUGACUCUUUCUCUUGGCCCCCACAAGCAAGUUUUCAAAUACAGGCACAUUAAUAACUGCAUGAUUAACAAUACAUUUAUUUUCAACAAAGCCUUGCAAGUCCAAGUUGUGACUGGACUGACACUGCUUAUUUCCCAUCUUAGACUAGAAUUAUCAUGUUAAAAAUCUGCUUCUGUGAACGCAACAUAUCUUGUUAAUCCCAUCUUGCCAAAUCCAGGGGAAAGAAAGAAUCACAUUUAUUUGAGGAAAGGUGACUUUAAAUUCUUCUACAACAUGAUCAGGGUUUCGAAAACUUCCACAAGUCAUCUGAGAAAGCAGAUUAUAGGUCAUUUGCUUUUCUCAUGGCUUGAAGUGUUAAAUAUAGUGUAAUUCUUCCUCCUUACAGUAAAUAUCAAACUCAAAAAGGUGAAGGGAAGGGACAGAGCAAGUUUCACUGUAGUCUGAGGUAAGAAGCAUUAGAGUCAAGAGUUUGAGA